AAAUUUUCAAAAUUUUCACAAAAUUUAAAUUUAAUCCAAAAAUGUAUAGUAAAUCCUUAAUAUUCACCCCGAAUAUUAACUAAUAGUACUAAUACAUACAUCACACACACACACACAAGUUUUUUUUGACAGUAAACAACAGUGACAUUGAGUGACAUUUCACAUUUCACCGGAGUUUUUCACAUCAAUUUUUAUGUUAUUCUUUUUGAUCUUCCUUCAAAUCCCGUUUAUAAUAAUGGCCUGGCGAUCUCACGGAAAAAAUAAUUUAGAACUCGUCCGUAAUUUAAGAGCAAACGGAAUCAUAAAAAGCGAAACCGUUGAAAAUGCAAUGAAACAAGUCGAUAGGGGUAAUUAUUCCCCAAAUAAUCCCUAUAUGGACGCGCCCCAAUCAAUAAGUUUUGGAGUGACCAUUUCUGCACCGCACAUGCAUGCCCAUGCCUUAGAACUCUUAAAAGAUAAACUAGUCCCUGGUGAAAACGCUUUGGAUGUUGGAUCGGGAAGCGGAUAUUUAACUGCUUGUUUUGCUUUAAUGAUUGGCGAGAAUGGAACUGCUGUGGGAAUUGAUCAUGUCCCCGAGUUAAUUGAAGCAUCACGAAGAAACAUACAAAGAGAUCAUCCCGAUUUGUUAAGUUCAAACCGUGUAAAGCUUGUGGUUGGAGAUGGAAGAUUAGGUUACCCAGAUAUGGCUCCUUAUAAAGCUAUCCACGUUGGUGCUGCAGCUCCAACUCUUCCUCAAGCACUCAUAGAUCAAUUAAAACCUGGAGGUAGAUUAAUCGUUCCGGUUGGCCCAGCUGGAGGUGAACAACGACUAGAACAAAUCGAUAAGCUAGAAGAUGGCACUGUACGUCAAAAAUCAUUGAUGGGGGUGAUUUACGUCCCUUUAACUGACAAAAAUAAACAAUACGGCCCUUGGCGUUGACACCAGUACACUUUAGCGCUUGUAACGCUUGUCGUUUUCCUUUUGGUUUUUUCUCAUAAAAAUUUUAAAAUCACGGUUUUCUAGUCUUCUAUUUUAUACGGUUUGUUUUUGUUCUUUGACGAUGAUUUGUACAUAAUUAUGAUCUUUUGGAAUUUGAAGAGUUACGUUUGACGUAGUAUAGUAUUUAUGAGACUUAUAAUUUAGACUGUUUGAUGUUUUAAUUUUUUUUUUUUUUUUUAGAAUGAAAUAUAAAGUAUAAUAGUUGCUUAAGAUAAAAAAUAAAAUUUACUUGAUCCAUCCAACUAA